UGGUAUAAAUAUAUGCAACAAUAUAUUUAAAAAUGAGAAUCGGAAGAUUAUUUUAUUAAAAUAUUACAGAACAUACCGGCAGCUCAUUUCAAAAAUAUUAGUUGAAUCAAAAAUGUUUUUACAUUAUUUUAUUUUAUUAUUUGCGGUAUGCAAAUUAAUUCAGUUUUUAGCCUUUGUAACGUGUGCGGACCAGGCACUCAAAUUGCUUGUAUAAAUCAAACAGCCUUUCGCAGAUGUUCCGGAUCGGCAAUAAUUCCUGGCAGUAUUGCUGUUUGCCCAUCUGGUACAUUUUGUAAUUCAGAUGAACCUAUGAGAUGUGUUAAAACCGAACCAUCAUGUGGUGGUCUAUGUGGAGUUUGUAAUUUAAACACUUAUGUUGCUUGCUUAAGUAAAACCAAAUAUGCUUAUUGUUUUGGUGAAACAGUUUCUGAUCAAACAGGAGAAUGUAGUGAAGAGGAAUAUUGCAAUUCUGGAUAUCCUGGAAUAUGUAUUAAUUCAGCUGGUCCAAUCGUUGCGGAACCAUCAUGUCCAGUAACAUCCGUACCGCCGACAACAAUUGAACCAUCAACAUCAACUGAAAGUUCAACAGUUACCGAACCGUCAACUUCAAGUAGCUCUACUUUAUCAACUUCGAUAUCUACUGAACCGUCAACUUCUAGUAGCACUACAUCAUCAACUUCGAUAUCUACUGAAUCGUCAACUUCUAGUAGCACUACAUCAACAACUUCAAUAUCAACCGAAUCAUCAACAUCAACAUCCACUACCACAUUAAGGCCACCGUACCCUAUUACAGAUGCUCAACUGUAUUGCAUCACAAUUGGAAAACCGGGAAAGUUUCCUAAAAUAAAUGAUGUUACCUGCAAAAAAUAUUAUUAUUGUUACAAUUUGGGUUUUAAUAUUAAUGGACAAGAGUAUACUUGUGUUGGAGCUUCAUAUUAUAAUUGUCAAACUCAAAUGUGCAGUUCUACAUGUGAUACUAGCUGUUCCGUAUUACAAAUUAUCACAAAUUAUAAUCACACUAAAAUAAAUACAGUUCCUUAAACAACAUUUGUAAAACAAAUAUUAAAUAUUUUUCUUAUCAAAAGCAGCCAGUCUAUAUUGGUUAAAAAUUUAUAUUAUCCACAAAGAUUUAAAAAAACAUUGUAUUGAAUAAU